CCUCGACGGCGCAUGACGCCAUCAUGGCUGAACGCCGGGCCUGCUGCAGUGUGCUGCGCUGCGUCGUGUCUGCGCACGCCGCGCCAUGCCGAACACAUCACCGGAUUAUCGUGCUCCUUCGCUCCCUUCGCCCCGGGGCGUUUCUUUUUCUGGCCCGAACGCCACUGGCUGCGAGCGCUCGACCGCAGCAAGGUUAAUCCGAGGCGCGGAGAACGAAAAAGCCGCCCGCGCGGGCGCUAGCGCUAGCAAUGCGGGGCGCGCGGGGGCGGCAGCGGGGGCGGAGGAGAAAACGCCCCGCGCUCAGCGGAGCCGGCGACACUCGACCGUCGCGUCGCCGGCGCGCCGAUCUUUCAAAGAGCUUUCCGCCCCGGCGCGCCGUCGCGUCGCCGUCGCGUCGGCACUUUGGCGCGCAGCUUUCCCACCACCCUUUCCGGCCCCUUCGGCUGCCCACCCGGGUGCGCGGGGUAUAACCGGCACCCGCACACGCACUUUUUCCCUCGCGCUCCCGCUCUGGGGUAAAUGGCGCAGACCCCAUCGCCCGCGUCCCCGCUUGUCCCCCCCACGCCAGGCAUUUGUUGGCACAGCGCCAGCCGGAGACGGCGGCCCAGCAGACCGGCGCCACCGCCCGAGUCACCGUUGUUGUUGUCGCGGGCGCCCAGAAGGGAGUCUCGGGCUUACUUCCGAGCGGCGGGCCCCAACAUGUUCUGCGGAAUCAUCGUCUCGGGCUAAUAGCCCGGUGGGCACCAGGCAGAACAGGGCUUUCUCUGCUUGUCCUGUUUCCGUGUUGCAUAUAUAACAUCACAUCCUCACAGGCAGGAGUGUCGCCGUUGGUGUGCAGAGCCGAGGCAUUGACCGCUAAUCGGUAGCUUCUUACGCUGUAGCAGAAUCGAUCGUCACCCAGACCGGCACAU